CGCUGUACUUCACCAGCAACAUCUGGAGCAAAUUCACACAAGCAAACAAGCAGAGGUUUCUGAAGACCUUCAUUCGUGACCUGAGGAAGAAUGAUAAAGCUUCAGAGACGAAGAUCCUCAACAUGAUGAAUGAGGUCAACAAAAUCUCACGAGUCAAAAUCAAGAGAUCCGCUGAAACAGUAUGUACUGCAGGUCAAACACUGCAGGCUCAGGUGUACAGUGACAUGUUUCCGUUUGCGUAUGAUGUGCCGCAGUUUAACGCCUGCUUGAGCGUCCAAACACUGAAGGACAACCUGGAGGCCGUGACCGAUAGAGUUUACGACAGGAGCUACCAGCGGAUCAUUCUGGACAAACUCAACCAGGCGUAUCCGGGCGGACUGUCUGACCAGGUGCUGCAGGUUUUAGGCUCCGCCUCCCACGUGGCCACACCCGAUGAUGUCAGAAAGUGGAACGUGACGAAGAUCGACACGCUCUCGUCUCUGAUGAACCAACGCAAGGGCGACUGGGACCCGGAGAUGGUCCAGCUGCUGGUCAGUAAGUAUCUGAGUGUGAAUGGAAACACUCUCGGCAGCAACGAGCUGAACGCUCUGGGAGGAACGAACCUGUGUGCGCUGAACACCAGUGUGCUGAACAGCAUCACAGCCGCCAGCGUGGAGUGA